GUGAUGUGACGUCACAAGGCUGCGCUGCGCUCCGGUGUCUGUGAUUCGGCAGAAGAAAGCGUGUCCAAACAGACAGAAAAACUCUUGGUGAAGCAGGUGAGAUCCACGUGACACUAUUAUAAAAAUGGCGUUUAUUAAAGAGGAGAGUGAAGAUGUGAAGAUUGAAGAAGCAUUCGGAGUCAAACGAGAAGAAACCGAGGAACAAACAGACCUGAUGGCGCUGAAAGAGGAGAGUGAAGUAUUGGAGGAAAUGCAAGAUAAAGAUCAGUAUAAGAAACAUGAUUUCAUAACUUCCUCACGAAAAAGUACUCCGAAGACUGGAACUAGAAGUCAAUUGACCUGCCGGCACUGUGGAAAGAGUUUCAAACAACAUGGAAACUUUAAGGUCCACAUGAGAGUUCACACUGGUGAGAAGCCUUAUACAUGUCAACAGUGUGGAAAGAGUUUCACUCAAAAAGCAACCCUUAAAAGCCACAUGAGUGUUCACACCAGAGAGAAGCCUUACACAUGCCAACAGUGUGGAAACAGUUUCACGCAGCAAGGAAGCUUUAACAGGCACAUGAUACUUCACACUGGAGAGAAGCCUUAUACCUGCAAACUGUGUGGAAAGAGCUUCACUCAAAAAGGACACUUUAAAGUCCACAUGACAAAUCACACUGAAGGAAGCUCUUUCAUUUGCCAUCCAUGUGGAAAAAGUUUUAACCGAAAAGAAGACCUUGAAGUCCACAUGACAAUUCACACUGAAGGAAGCUCUUUUACCUGCCAACAGUGUGGAAAAAGUUUUAACAGAAAAAAAAACCUUAAUUCGCACAUGAAAAUUCACACUGGAGAAAAGCCUUACACAUGCCCUCAAUGUGGAAUAAGCUUUAACCAAAUAGGAAACCUUAACAGGCACAUGAGAACUCACACUGGAGAAAACCGUUUUACCUGCAAACUGUGUGGAAAAUGUUUCAUUCGAAAAGGAAACCUUAAUCACCACAUGAGAAUUCAUACCGGAGAAAAGCCUUACACAUGCCCUCAAUGUGGAAAGAGUUUUACACAUAAACAGACUUUUAAUGUCCACAUUAGAGUUCACACUGGAGAGAAGCCUUACACCUGCAAACUGUGUGGAAAGAGCUUCACUCAAAAAGGACACCUUAAAGUCCACAUGACAAAUCGCACUGAAGUAAGCUCUUUCACCUGCCAACAGUGUGGAAAAAGUUUUAACAGAAAAAGCAACCUUAAUUCCCACAUGAAAAUUCACACUGGAGGAAAGUCUCUCACAUACCUUCAGCUUGAGAAGAGUUUCACAUAUCGAGACCUGAAACGUAAUUGGCAAGCUCAUUCUGGAAAGAAAUUGCAGAGUUCUGAAUGUGGUAAAAGAUUCAGAAAAAGGAGCAAUUUUAAAAAUCACUCUGGAGUAAUGAGAUUUCAUUGUGAUCAGUGUAAUAAAAAAUUUAUUUUGCCAUCGCAUUUACAGAUACACCUGAAAAGUCAUGCAGAUGUGAGACCCUAUUCUUGUUCUGUGUGUGGAAAGAGUUUCAAAUGGCUCAGCAAUUUAAAAUGGCACCAGAAAAUACGUAUCUGUGUAAAAUGAAGGCUGCGUUCACACCGCAACUGAAUGUGGAUCAAAUCUGAACGUUCCUUAGUCACAACAGUUUGGGGAUAUAAAUUACUAUUAAAGUGUGAGAAUUAACUUGUGUUUAUCAACAGAAGCACGCAGUUCCAACAAACUAUUUGCACAACCACAGAUGGUUUGACACAGUCUCCCAGUGCAACUGGAAUUAAAUGGAGUUAAUGACAGCUUAUGGUUCUGUUGUAUUUGGUGCUCUUAGCUUUCAGAGCAAAAGAGGUUACUGCUAUACAUGUUGCAGUUUUUCAGUUCAGUAUUCUUAAAGUCUGUAAAACAAUAUUAAAUUUGUGUUCUGAGUUUAUCAUACAACAGAAAAAUGUAUUAACCACCCAACCAAAUUUAAAUGAUAAAAAACCCCGCCAACUAAAUAAAAUAAGGUAUCAAAAUCUUGAAUAAAUAAGCAGUAUUCUCUGCUCUCAAAUGCUGGGGGCGUGUCUGCUAAAAUCGGGCAGUAGUAACUAAUGGUAAUGACAGUCGACUAAAGCUGCGGUCACUACACUUUGAGCAUGCGAAAUUCGUUCGGUCGCUGCAACGAUUGUAGUAUGACGUCAUGCUCUGCAGCAUCUUUUAAAAAACGUAUAUUCAACACAUAAACAAUAAUAAUACACCUAAAAUAUUAAAACCUACAAUCUACUCCACUUUCCUGCAGUGCUGCCGUUUUAGAUUUAUAUUCUCUUAAUUCAGAUAAGAGGUCAUGCUGUGACGUAUCGAUCUGCCGUUGGUCACACGGUGUCACGUGAUGCGAAUUCGCAGGCCAGAGUUCACCAAGUUUGAACUUUGGACCGCAGCGAAAUGCGAAAACUUUUUGCACGGGUUUGCGUUUCCAGUCUGACGCAUUCGCAUGCGUAUGAAUGGAAGUCAGUGGAACAAAAAGUGUAGUGUGACCGCAGCUUAACUCGCGUUUGAGCGGACGAACCACAGAGGCUAAUGCACUCUAGUUUUUAGGUGUUAUCAACUUGUAGCAGCGCUGUAUGACAUAAAAGUACCUCGAGAGCAAUUCGAAAGCAUAAGAAACCGUCUGCUCUCUAUAGCUCUCAUGGUGCUUUGAUGUCAUACACUGAUCGA